AUGCGUUUCUCUAUUGCCGCUCUCGCUCUUGCCGCCGGUGCCAUGGCCAAUGUUGUCACCGAGACCCUCACCGAGUACACCACCUACUGCCCUGAGGCCACCUCCAUUGUGCACGGAAGCCACACCUACAGCAUCUCCACCCCCGGUGUCAUCACCAUGUCCCACGGUCCCUACACCGUCACCCGUCCCCUUGUGACCUCCACCGUGACUGAGUGCAAGAGCUGCUCUUCCUCCAUUCCUGCCUCCUCCACUCCCGUGGCCAGCAGCACUCCCCUCAUCUCGGUCCCCGGUGUCACCUCCACCCCUCUGAUCCCUGGCACCGCUUCCACCGGUGUUCCCAGCGCUCCUAGCGGACCCUCCACCGCUACCCCCUCCCAGCCCGCCUUCAACGCCGGUGCCAUCAACGCCGCUACCGGUGCUGGUGCCGGUCUGGUUGCUGUCUUCGGUGCCGUUGCCCUCCUGCUGUAA